UUUGUUACACAAGAUACUUUUUGUAGUGUAAUAACUUUACAAUAUAGUCAAUGAAAUAUAGUUUUGAUUGAAUUUGCAAGUUGAGCAUCUUUUUGAAAGAUACAAUACAAUUUGCCAAAAGUGGGGAUUGCGAGCCGCCAGCCUCGGCUGCAGCGAGGCUUUGUUCCAAUUACCGCCACUCGAAAUGAGAGGUUCCAAGUGUUCAAUCGACACACGCUUCUGAUUCUCUCUCAAUUUCUCCCCCUUUUUAAUUGCUUCGCCGGAGCCGGAGUUUCCGGCUUCUAGGGCUACUCAACGCUCCAAUUCGCUACCAUGACGAUCGUCGGCGUUCUUGCUCUGCAGGGUUCUUUUAACGAACACAUCGCAGCUUUGAGAAGGUUGGGAGUGAAGGGUGUAGAGAUACGGAAGCCCGAGCAGCUUCUUAAUGUAGCUUCUCUGAUUAUUCCUGGUGGGGAAAGUACCACCAUGGCCAAACUUGCGGAGCUCCAUAAUUUGUUUCCUGCUUUGCGAGAGUUUGUUAGAAUGGGGAAGCCUGUGUGGGGCACCUGUGCAGGACUUAUCUUUUUGGCAAACAAGGCUACUGGACAGAAAACUGGUGGACAGGGACUUGUUGGAGGUCUGGAUUGUACUGUUCACAGGAACUUCUUUGGCAGUCAGCUUCAAAGCUUUGAGUCAGAGCUCUCGAUACCAGAGCUAGUGUCUUCCGAAGGUGGUCCAGAAACAUUUCGUGGAGUCUUCAUCCGAGCUCCUGCAAUUCUUGAUGUGGGACCAGAAGUCCAAGUGCUGGCUCGCUGCCCUGUCUCUUCAAACUCUAACUUGCAUUCAAGUUCCUCUGGUGAAGGCAAAAAGGAAAAAGAUUCAGAAAGUAAAGUGAUUGUAGCAGUGAGGCAAGGGAACUUGCUCGCAACUGCCUUCCAUCCUGAAUUAACAUCAGAUAAUAGAUGGCACAGUUACUUCCUGAAGAUGGCUGGUGAUGUCGAAGAAUCCUCAAGUAGCAUAGAAAGCAUAGGAGUUAACAAUUCAAGAUUCGAAAGAUCAAAGAGCGACCUUCCGAUUUUUAUUUAGUUUAAACCAAUUGAACGCCUCCUCAACCUAAAUCUACAGUUUCAAGUUUCAUUCUAGAUUUAAUCUAUCUAUUCUGUAGUUUGCACCAUGUUUUAUCUUCCUUACGUUAAGUUACAACAUUCUUCUACUGUGUUAAGUUUAUUUUGCUAUAACUUUGUGUAGGAGAUGCUGUACAUGGAGUCUUCAUUUGAAAAGAUUCAUCUCCUUUCUCAUAUACCACUAAAAUAUAAUUAGUCUUAAACAGGGUAAAACUUAGAAUACGAAUGAAUGCAUGGAGGUGAUUUAUCUA